UACGCUUUUCAGCGGCCUCGCACGCGCGCAGCUGCAGCCGCGGACUUCUCCUCGUCAGCCCGGCGGUGGGGCCAUGGCGUGGCGGCGGCGGCCCGAGGCCGGCGUCGGGGCCCGCGGCGCGCUGGCGCUGCUAGCGCUGGCCUUAUACGCGCCCGGGGCCAGGGGCCGGGCGCUCGAGUGGUACUCUGCCGUGGUGAGCACCGAGUACGUGGACCCGCACACGAACCGCACCGUGUGGAGCGUCUCGGAGAGCGGCCGCUUCGGCGACAGCUCGCCCAAGGAGGGCGCGCAGGGCCUGGUGGGCGUCCCGCGCGCUGCGGACCGCGACCCCGAGGGCUGCGCGCCCGACACUCGCUUCCUCGUGCCAGCGCCCGGCGGCCGGGGGGACGCGCCCUGGGUCGCCCUGGUGGCGCGCGGGGGCUGCACCUUCAAGGACAAGGUGCUGGUGGCGGCGCGGAGGAACGCCUCGGCCGUGGUCCUCUACAACGAGGAGGGCCACGGGAACCUCACCACGCCCAUGUCCCACGCGGGAACAGGAAAUAUAGUGGUCAUUAUGGUUAGCUACCCAAAAGGAAGAGAAAUUUUGGAUCUGGUGCAGAAAGGCAUUGCAGUCAAAAUGACCAUAGGGGUUGGCACCCGCCAUGUACAGGAGUUUAUCAGUGGUCAGUCUGUGGUAUUUGUGGCCAUCGCCUUCAUCACCAUGAUGAUUAUCUCAUUAGCCUGGCUGAUAUUUUACUAUAUACAGCGUUUCCUAUAUACUGGCUCACAGUUUGGAAGUCAGAGCCAUAGGAAAGAAGCUAAGAAAAUCAUUGGCCAGCUUCCACUUCAUACUGUAAAGCAUGGAGAAAAGGGAAUUGAUGUUGAUGCUGAAAACUGUGCAGUGUGUAUUGAAAAUUUUAAAGUAAAGGACAUUAUCAGAAUUCUGCCAUGCAAGCAUAUUUUUCAUAGAAUAUGCAUUGACCCAUGGCUUUUGGAUCACCGCACGUGUCCAAUGUGUAAACUUGAUGUCAUCAAAGCCCUGGGAUAUUGGGGAGAGCUUGAGGAUGUGCAGGAGAUGCCUACUCCAGAACCUCCCCUUGGGAGUGUUUUGGCUGCAAAUUUGAGUAUUACUUUACAAGAUGACAGAAGUGAGGGGAGCAAUUUACCAUCGGCUUCCACUAGUGAUUCUGCACCACAGUGUGAUGCCAGUUUCAAAGACGAUGCAGGUGAAAACACAGCCUUACUAGAAACGGGCAGGAGUGACCUUCAACGUGGAGAACCCAUCUCCUAGCGCACAUCCUGAUGACCACAUCAUGGACAGAGCUUUGGCUUGAAUUAAAGGACUUUUUUUUUUUUUUUAACUUCAGCACAUAGUUUGUAUAUUUGAAAAUAAUGUACAUUCUUUUACCUUUCGGGUUCUGAUUUGAUAUACAAAGGGCUAAGAUAUUUUAUUCUUAAAGAGACAUUUUGAAUAGUCGUAAUAUAUUUAUCUACUAAAAUAUAUCAUUUAUGAUAAACAGUAUGUUGCUUUGGACUAUUACAGAGACCACUAGGAAGGCACUCUAAAGGGGACAGGUGGCGGUGUUUCUGAAUAGUAGACUAGCUGCUACAGUACUGUAAAAACAGGAUUAAUUUUGUUUCUCAAGGAUCUUUAGACUGAGCAACUGAAUUUAGACUAGUAGAAAUGGAAUUGUAUAAUUCAGUGAUCUCGAGUUUUCCCUGGAGGAAAGACUUUUCUAGAACAUUAAACCUGUGAAUGAGAUGGGAGAAAUCUAUAGCUUUCUUGAACCUCCAUGUCAUCAUCUAGAGACUUUGAAACCUAAGAAGACUUCUUAAUUGUUUUCUCUUCGGAAUUAUAGGAAAAGCACUAGAUGACUUUAGGAUUUGCAUUUUUCCUUUUUAAUUCCUAAUUUCAUUUGACACCUUAAAGGAGAGGGAAAUUUAUCCAUUUUUUUCUACAAAUAAAGGAAGCUAAGAUUCUGCAUCACACAUGAGCAAUAAAUUUUUCAUUGCCUUAAGGAAAUUGAGUAGGCAGACUUUUUUUUUGUAAAUGAUGAAUGUGUUGGUUCCAACUACAAUUUAAUCUUUACAAUUAAAAAGGUGAUAGAUGGAGAAUUUUGAUUGUCAUUGUUACAAAAUAAGCAACCAGUUUUCCUGAUUGAUUUAAAGCAGACAUAAUGGUCAUGACCUUGUGUCAUCAUCUAUCCUUUUUAAAAUCUUGGCUGUUCUUAUAGGUCAAAGGAUCAGGUUAAUGUAAAGCUUUUGGUGACCGUGCUCUUAAGUUUUCUAAAAUGAUUAAGCAUACACAUACUCUUCUCUCCCUUCUUGUAGGUGGAGGUUGAGGAGGGUGAGGGAAAGUUAUUUCUUAACUUGAAAUUGUUGUCCUUUGUUGCUUCUAAGCUAGUUGCUGUGUAUAUCUUUAUUUUGUGAGUAAAAAUAAAUGUCUAUUGAGAAAAAUAGAAUUUUAAAAAAUUUAAAGAAUUUAUUCUUACAGCUGCAUCUAAAUUGUGUAUAGCUUAUUUUUUUCAAACUAUUUGUUGCACCUGGAUUCUAGCCACUCAUAGUGAAACACUUGGUGAGUUUUACUUUACCUUUUUUUUUUUUUUUUCCACUUUACUGAAGUAAACUCUGGCCAGAUUCAGUAUGAGGGGCUACUGAAACAAAAUUUGUUUUACUUUGAGCUCUCAUGUUAACAGCCUCAAAGUAGGUUUCCAUAAUAGCCAUUAUCUUUGAAAUCUGCCUUCUGUGGUUCUUUGAGAAUAGGAGAGUAUGUCCUUGAUUCUGUACCAAGUAGAUUUUUGUGCUCUUUGUAUUUUAAGAUACAUACUUGGGAGAAAUACUUUAAUAAUUCUUUACAGUAUCCAUUGAAGCAGACUUUUAAAAAGAAUGCUAUGACAGAUCAAGGUAAAUUGUUUUUGAUAAUUACAGAAGUGUGAUUUCUUAAUUAGCAGCUAUCAGACAUAGCUUUCCUUAAUUAAAAAGUUUGAACACUAAACUAUAAAUAGAAGAGAUUGGAAGAAUUGUAGUGGUCUGGUCUCAUCUCUAGAAACAUGUCUUCCAUAGCAGAGAAAGGCAUUAUCAAGAGAAAAUAGAAAACUGCAACACUUUGAAAGUUUCCUUUGCUUUUUUUUUUUUAGAUAGAAAUAAAUAUGAUAGAGAAGGGUCAAAUAUUAGCGGAAUUUUUGCUGAGACAUAAAAUUGAUGAAAUGCUACUCAGAAUAAUGGGGAAUGUAAGGAAGGAAGAGUAAACCAGAGAGGUUUGGUUAAGGUUAGUCAUACUACUUAUGGCAGUUGUCAUUUUCCUUCUAACAACUGUCAUAAGAGCCAUUUGUUUACAAAUAGUGUAGAAACAAUAUAUAUAUUUUUAACUCUCAAAGUCACAGGCGGUGUGUGAAGGAAGCAAUUUGGCCCUGAACUUCACUUGAAGCACUCUGUCGUCCGCUGCCUGCUGGUGCUGCUUCUGGGUUUCCCACCAGAAAACCACAAAGGCCAGGAGAGACAAAAACACAGCACCUUCGGCAGAUGAGUUGAAGAUUUUACAGCUAGAAACUGGAACUAGAAAAUCCAGAGAAUUCAAGGUGUGUCAUGGCAGUAUAUUGAGCUACACUUAAAAGGUGAUUAGUUACUGAAUCCCAGGAUUUUAACUUAUUUCAGGCACUCUGCUCUGCAGUGCUAAAGACCUCAUCUACUUGUUUGCAGUAACUUUUUGUGGAUAACCGUUACUCCUAAUCAUCUGCAAGACCCACAUUUUUCCAAGUUCUUACCAAAAAUCCAUCUCAAGGAAAAAGUCCUCCAGGAAAGGAAAAAUUUUGCUUUAAGUAGAUAAAGUGGUGUUUAUAUGCAUAGGCCAAGCAAUCCACUGAAGGUUCUAACAGUUUUAAAAAUUAAG